UUUUACUCUUCAGGAACUUCAUAUCAAGUCCUUCACCUCUAUCACUUCUGGAGGAGAACAUGACUGGAUCCUGGAGACUAUUUCUGCUCUGUAGUCUCCUGCAAGGUGCUGGGUGCAACGCUGCAGAAUUUAAGGUCCUAGUGCCAGCAAGUGUGAUGACACUCAGUGGAUCCUGUGUUACCGUUCCUUGUUCCUUCAUCUUGAGGGACGGGUAUGAUGCCUGGCUAAACCCUGAAUGUGGAAAAUAUUGGUAUAAAAUUACAUAUCAACCUAUAAGUUCUACAACAUUCAGGGGGGACCUUACCGCAUACAACUGUACCACAACAUUCAAUAACGUACAUGAAGACAAUGGUCCAUAUUAUUUUAGAAUUCAAUGUGAUGGAAGUCCUUUAAAAUAUAAUUUUAAAGAAAACCCAGUGACCAUCCAGAUCAAGGGGCUCCCUGAUGCACCUCGUUUGACCCCCCCCAAGGAGCCGGUGGUGGAGGGGACUCCUGUGGAGCUGGGGUGCUCUGCCCCGUCCUACUGUGACACCCACCCCCCCACUGUGACGUGGACCCCCGCCCUGGGGCUCAGCACCCAGCUCCAGCAGAACGAUACCGUGACCUCCACUCUGACCUUCAACGCCUCCCUCCUCCACCAUGGAAACAAUGUCUCCUGCACUGCGGCCUACUACAUACCAUCUGGGGACAAAACUGUGACGUCUACGAGAUACCAACUCAGUAUCUCAUACGCCCCCAGGAACACCUCUGCUGUCGGCAGCCCGUGUCUUCCAGCCAGAGAGGGAGGCUGCCUCAACCUGACCUGCACCAGUCAUGCUAACCCUGCUGUCAGCGAGGUCACCUGGUACCGAAUACACGGAGAACACAUCCUUAAGAUCGGGACUGGAUCUUCUCUGUCCAUCCAGCUGUGGAACGGCAAUAAUGUUUUCUUUUGUGAGGUCCGGAAUGACUUUGGCACAGAAAAGUCUAAUGUCUACAAGAUUGACAUUCAAACUCCUCCCAGGAUCCUGCCCGCUUCAUGCUGCAGCAGAAUUGCAGCCUGGGUGCGAUGUUCCUGCGACAGCGUGGGCAGACCAUCACCGUCUCUGGAGUGGAGGUUGGAUGGGAAACUGGUGUUGGGUUCUGAAGACGUGUCUGUUAGCCAGGUCAACCUGGAGAACGCCACGUUGAGGAGCUCCCUCACAAUGAGGGCCCCUGCUGGUCUGACAGCCUUGACCUGCCACAGCUCCAACGCUGCCGGGAACACCAGCCAGGAGCUUCCUGUCCCCCACCUGGAUACACAGCCAAUCCUGACAGACUUGGUGCUGUGCAUUGUCAAAACUGCUGUGCUGUUCGUGGGAUUAGUGUGCGUGGUCGUCUGUAUUAUAAGGGUGAGGAGGCGCGGUCCUUUAACGCUGCCACUGUGAAGCGAGCCCCCCCAGAUGAGGAGGAGUCCCAGGUCAUCUUCGGAAGUGAGGAGGACGACUACGUUAACAGCGGGAUGCAGAUGAACCCGGUUGGGCCGAGAGAGGAGCCGGUUGGACCGAGAGAGGAGGCUGUUCUGAGAGCCGAUUCCCCAGUCUCAACGCACCGUG